UAAAAGUUAAAAAAAAAAAAAAAACAAUUUCCCAAAUUCACAGCGAAACAGUCUUCCUUCAUCCCCUCCAAUUUUUCUCCGCCAAAAAACUCACGCUUCUCUCUCUCACACACACACGCAGUAUUCAACGUGGGCGCUUCUUGUAUUCCUCAAUAUUGCGUUUAUUUCAAGGCGGAGACGAAGCAUCGCCCUCGCAUAUGCUUAAUUCCAUCUGAUUAUCGUCGAGGAAGAGAUCACCCAGCGAUGCGCAAAACCGUUUGGAUUUUUCCACACGCUAACCCUAACCCUAACCGUCGCAAAUGUCGUCUCUGCCCGAUCACAACGCGGUGUUUGACCCGAACAAUCCGGGCAGGAAGCGGCAUUUCAGCUGGCCCGAGCAAUUAUCCGGCGAGAGGUUCGACCAGAACGACGUAUUAAAGCACGUCAUCCUUAAACUGCACCUCCGCUCUAUCUCCCACUCCGGCUCCACCACGCCUCAAUCCGAGUCGGAGCCUGACUCCGAAUCGCUGAAUUCGAGCCCGCUCUCCGCCGCGCCGGAUUGCUCCAGAGCCUUGUCUGAUGAGCUGUUGCUGAAUGUUCUUAGUAGAAUUACGGACAGGAAACAGCACUUGUCGAAUUCGCUUGUGUGCAAGGCGUGGUGCGUGAUUUCUGGAAGGUUGAUUCAGUCGAUUAAGGUGCUGGACUGGGAGUUUUUGGAGUCCGGGAGGUUGAGUUUACGGUUUCCGAAUUUGAUCGAUGUCAAUAUUGUGCCUGCUAGUAUUAAUUUCGAGACGAAUUCGGCGAUUUUGUUGAGUUGUAAAUUGUUGGAUGUUUACCUGAAUUCGGAUGUGUUGGGAAAUGAUGGUCUUUUUGUUAGGAGAGAUGAUAUCUUGGAUAGUGAGAGGAUUGAUAGAUGUGUCAAAAUGUUGGCUAAGAGUUGUAGAAACUUGAGAAGAAUAGUUUUGAUGAAUGCUAGUGAGGAGGGGUUAGGCUGCUUGGCCAUUGAGUGUGAAUUGCUCCAGGAAAUGGAGUUGCAUUACUGUGGUGACUUAUCACUUAAGGGGGUUUGUAAGUUCAGAAAUUUGCAGAUAUUGAAAUUGAUUGGGAGAAUAGGGGGGAUUUAUGAUUCAGUGGUUUCAGAUAUUGGAAUGACCAUAUUGGCACAGGGGUGUGGGCGAUUGGUGAAGCUCGAAUUGGUAGGAUGCGAGGGGAGUUAUGAUGGGAUCAAGGCUAUAGGGAUGUGCUGUCAGAUGUUAGAGGAGUUGACACUCUACAACCAUAGGAUGGAAGGAGGGUGGAUAGCGGCCUUGUCGUAUUGUGGGAACUUAAAAACCUUGAGUAUCCAGUCGUGUAAGUAUAUUGAUCAAAGUCCAGGACCAGAUGAGCAUUUAGGGUCAUGCCCAAUGCUCGAGGAGUUACAUUUGAGGCGAUGUCAUACGAGGGAAAAACAUGGUGUUAGGGCGUUGUUUCUGGUGUGUCGGAAUAUCAGGGUCCUAGAAAUAGAAGACUGUUGGGGAUUGGAUGACAGCAUAUUUGCUGCUGCAACAAUUUUUAGGUCCAUAAGAUCUCUCUCACUAGAAGGUUGCUCAUUACUGACGACUGAAGGAUUAGAAUCAGUAGUUCUUUCUUGGACAGAAAUUGAUAGGCUUAAAGUAAUUUCAUGUAACAAUGUGAAGGACAGUGAAAUAACUCCAGAGUUAGCGACCUUAUUUUCUGAUCUCAAAGAAUUGAAAUGGAGGCCUGAUUCCCGGUCCCUACUAUCAGCGAGCCUCACAGGGACAGGUAUCAGAGAAAAAGGUGGUAAAUCUUUGAGUAGCAAGUGAGGCAGGGAUCAGAAUUGAUAUUGUAUGAAGCAGUUCGAGAUAGCAGUUGUGCCGGAGAGUAGCAAGUUGGUGCAGAAAUGGCAACCGGUGGAGCUGCUCCCCAAAGGGGAACUGCAGCUGCUGCAGCAGCCAACCUCCGUCGGAGGAAAACAGC